AUGAAAAACCUUGAUGCACACAAGUACAUUAAAUUGGUGAAUUUGCUAAAUAAGAAGAAAAAAUAUCCCCAUUUUAAUUUAAAAUAUGUAAAAAAUGAAGAGGCACAAGAUCACAUUUCGAAUUGUGUGAAUAUAAAUAAUGCAAAAACACGAAAUAACACAAUCAAAUAUACCAAUGAAAAUGCCGUCAACAAGAUAUUAACAAAUGUAAUGCAAUUUGGAAAUGAAUCGGAGAUUGUUACACCCAAAAAUAAAGUAGGAAAUCUCUUUCCAAAUGAGAAGAACAAAAUGAAGAGAAAUAACAAUCUACAUCAUAGUAAUAGAACUGGUGAAGAUUUAACAAUACAAAUAAACUAUAUAAACGCGAAACAGAAACAUUUACAUGAAGUAACUUGUUCAUUAAGGGGUAAUAAUAGAACACAAAAGCAAGAUUGGAAAAAGGUAAAUUUACAAAAUGAUGAUAAAAUUAACCAAAUUCCUCAAGGGAAGAAGGAUGAUAAGACGGAUUUUGGGUUAAUUCAAAUGUAUUGUAAUGGUGGAUCCCAUGAAAAGUAUAAUUAUAUCAAUGGAAAGAAGAACACAGGGUUUGAUAAGGAGGUUGGCAUUUUGAACAAAAAUAAUGAAACGGAAAAAUUUAUAUUUUUUGAGAAAAGAGAAUCGUGCCUUAAAGAAAGUGAUUUAGAAAGGAGAAGGAUGAACACAAAUGAAAAAAACAAGGAUUAUAUAUUUAACAAUCGGACGAAUCGUUACACAUUUAGUAACGAAGACAAUGAAGGAAAUAACUUUACAGAAAAAAAUAAAAAUAUCAGUGAUUUACAUGCAGAUGAAAGUUCUUUUACCAAGGAGGAAGUAGCACAAGGAGAGUUAAGUAAUGAGGAAAAUUUUGCAAAAGUCAAAAUAACAAAGGAAAAUAUUAUAAACAUACAUGAAAUGAAUGAUGAUGGAAAAAAGGGGAAUAAAUGUGAGAAGAUGAUCAUAACAGAAGAGAACGAAAAUAUGAUCGAAGAAAGUAAGGGUAACUGUAACACGAUUUCAACCACAGGUGGUACCAUGUGUGUUGAAGAGUUGAAUACUUUGAAGAUGGAUGAAAACCAAGGGAGCGAUGGAAUAGGUAAAAUGGAUGAAGCAGAAAAUGAAGGAUUUUCAGAAAAGCAAAAGAAUCGAUGUGAUGAAAAACAAAGUGGAGAAGAUAAAGAGAAAAUAAAUUUUCAAAUGAAGAAUGGGAAAACGAAUAAGAAAUGUUUAUAUCCGCAUGAAAUUGUAGAAUAUUUAAACAAAUAUAUAAUAGGUCAAACAGAAGCAAAGAAAGUAGUAGCAAAUGCAUUGAGACAAAGAUGGAGAAGAAUACAAGUAAAUGACGAUAUGAAGAAAGAUAUCAUUCCAAAAAAUAUUUUGAUGAUAGGUCCUACAGGUGUUGGAAAAACAGAAAUAGCUAGAAGAAUUUCAAUGUUUGUAGAUGCACCUUUUAUCAAAGUAGAAGCAACAAAAUUUACGGAAGUUGGAUUUCAUGGAAAAGAUGUUGAUCAAAUUAUUAAAGAUUUGGUAGAAAUAGCUGUAAAGAGACAAAAAACAAAAUUCGAAAUUGAAAUUCGAGAACAAGCAGAAGAAACAGUUGAAAAUGUUAUUCUCUAUUCCCUGUUAGGAAAUAUAAAAGAAGAAGAAAGAAAUAUUUGGAGAAAAUAUUUAAAAGAUGGUUCACUAGAUGAUAAAGUAGUAAGUAUUGACAUUCCAAAUUAUGUAAAUAAUAAUAUGUUUUCUAACGAUUCGGUAGAAAAUGCAGUUAAAGAAGCACUAAGUAAUCAUCAAAAUAUAAAAAGCGUUAAAAUUAUUCAUCAAAAUAUUAACAAACAGAAUGAUAAAAAAACAAUGACUAUACGAGAAGCAAAACAAAAAUUAUUACAAUUAGAAAUAGAUUCAUCUAUGAAUCAGGACAUUAUACUAAAAACAGCUAUCGCAUCUGUUGAAGAAGAAGGAAUUGUAUUUAUUGAUGAAAUUGAUAAAAUUUGCUCUAAAUCGAAUUCUUCCUACAAUGGACCUGAUGCAAGUGCAGAAGGAGUUCAACGUGAUUUACUACCACUCAUAGAAGGUUGUGUCAUUAAUACGAAAUAUGGAAAUAUAAAUACAAAUUAUAUUUUAUUCAUUGCCUCUGGUGCAUUUCAAAGAGUUAAACCCAAUGAUAUGCUAAAUGAAUUACAAGGAAGAUUACCUGUACAGGUAAAUUUAUCUAGUCUAACUAUAAAAGAUUUCAUAGAAAUAUUAACAAAAACGCAUAAUAAUUUAUUACAGCAAAAUAUUGCACUCUUAAAAACAGAAGGUAUAGAUCUACAAUUUACAGAUGAUGCAAUUGAGACAAUUGCUAAUGCUGCACAUGAUAUGAAUUUCUAUGUGGAAAAUAUAGGGGUGCGUAGAUUGCACACUAUAAUUGAAAAAAUUAUGGAGGAUAUUAAUUACGAUGUUUAUAAUUAUGUGAACAAGACAAUUGUCAUUGAUAAGGAAAAGGUGAAGAAAUCCCUCGAGGGAUUUAUCAAGCAGUUCGACUUGAAGAAGUACAUUAUUUGA